CAGUCGCCUAAAGUUGGCCGGGCAGGAGGGAGGCAGGCGGGGAAGGGAGCCAUGGAGAAGCCGCGGAGGCUCGUGGUGGUGACGGGGUUUGGCCCGUUCGGGGAGCAUUCGGUCAAUGCCAGCUGGAUCGCGGUUCAGGAGCUGGAGAAGCUGGGCCUCGGAGACGACGUCGACCUCCACGUCUGCGAAAUCCCAGUGGAAUACCAGGCUGUGGAGCGGCUCAUCCCUGCCUUGUGGAAGAAGCACAGCCCACAAGUGACUGGUGGUGCACGUGGGCCUGUCGGGCAUGGCCACCACGGUGACGCUGGAAAAGUGCGGCCACAACACCGGCUACCGCGGCCUGGACAACUGCCGCUUCUGCCCGGGCUCCCAGUGCUGCAUCGAAGGGGGCCCCGAGUGCAUCGACUCAGUCAUCGACAUGGAUGCCGUCUGCAAGAGGGUCUCCACCUUGGGGCUGGACGUCGCCGUGACGAUAUCGAAGGAUGCUGGCAGGUACCUCUGCGACUUCACCUACUACACCUCCCUGUACCACAGCCACGGCCGCUCAGCCUUCGUCCACGUUCCCCCGCUGGGGAGGCCCUACAGCGCCGAGCAGCUGGGGCGAGCCCUCCAGGCCAUCAUCGCGGCAAUGCUCAGCGACUUGAAACACUCAGAGAGCAACAUCAAUUGCCACAAUGAGCACUGAGGCACAGAGCCCCACGUCCCACCUGCUCCCUCGCUGUUGCACUUCCAGAAAAAAACUUUUCUCACAGUACCUCGGGGGCGGG